CUCCUGAAUACGCAGGAAGCCCUCGGUGGUCCUGUCCCGCCCGCUGCGUCCUCCUGCACAGCGCCGCUGCGCCAUAGUUCUCUGCAGCAUGGCGGUCAAGGUGCAAGCGACAAAAAGAGCCGAUCCCCAUGGCUUGAAGACUAUUUUUCUGAAGUAUGCCAGUGCGGUGGAGGAUGGAGAGCAAUACAUGACCCCAAGAGACUUUGUACAGAGUUACCUGGGUCUGCAUGCGCAGCCGGAGCACAAUCCCCAAACGGUGGAGCUCAUCGCCGGGGUGGCUGACACCACUAAAGAUGGACUGAUCUCUUUCCAGGAGUUUCUGGCCUUUGAAUCAGUUCUCUGUGCCCCGGAUGCCCUCUUCAUAGUUGCCUUUCAGUUGUUUGACAAGACCGGCACAGGAGACAUCUCAUUUGAGAAUGUACGUGACAUCUUCAGCCAGACCACAGUGCAUCACCACAUUCCCUUCAACUGGGACUGUGAGUUCAUCAGGCUGCACUUCGGCCAUGAAAGAAGGAAGAAUCUCAGUUACACAGAGUUCACCCAGUUUCUGCAGGAGCUGCAGUUGGAACAUGCCCGCCAGGCCUUUGCACAAAAGGACAACAGCAAAAGUGGCACCAUCACUGCCUUGGACUUCAGCGACAUCAUGGCCACCAUCAGACACCACAUGCUGACUUCGUUUGUAGAAGAGAACCUAGUUUCUGCUGCGGGAGGCAGCACCUCCCACAUGGUGAGCUUCUCCUACUUCAACGCCUUCAACGCCCUCCUCAACAACAUGGAGUUGAUCCGCAAGAUAUACAGCACCCUCGCCGGCACUCACAAAGACACGCUCGUUACCAAAGAGGAGUUUGUUCAUGCUGCAAACAAGUUUGGUCAAAUCACUCCCAUGGAGAUAGACAUCCUCUACCAGCUUGUUGGUCUUCACUCGCACUCGGGGCGGCUGAGCCAUGCAGACAUUGAGAGGAUAGCCCCGCUGGAGGAAGAAGCCGUGCCGUACCACCUAGCAGAGACCCAGAGACAGCGACCUCACGAAACGUCUCGGCCAGCCUGGCUCCAGGCGGCGGAGUCGGCCUACCGGUUCGCCCUGGGCUCAAUCGCUGGAGCGACCGGAGCCACCGCCGUGUACCCCAUCGACCUGGUGAAGACGCGCAUGCAGAACCAACGCUCCACGGGCUCCUUCGUAGGAGAACUCAUGUACAAGAACAGCUUCGACUGUGCCAAGAAAGUGUUCCGCUACGAGGGCUUCUUCGGCUUUUACAGAGGUCUGCUCCCGCAGCUCAUCGGCGUUGCCCCGGAGAAAGCCAUCAAACUCACGAUGAAUGAUUUUAUCAGGGACAAGUUCACCACAGAAGAUAAUACCAUCGCUCUGCCUGCAGAGAUUCUCGCUGGAGGAUGUGCUGGAGCUUCCCAGGUGAUCUUCACCAAUCCUCUGGAGAUAGUUAAGAUCCGUCUGCAGGUGGCCGGAGAGAUCACCACAGGCCCCAGGGUCAAAGCCCUGAGUGUUGUGAGAGAGCUGGGCUUUUUUGGCCUCUACAAGGGAGCCAAAGCGUGCUUCCUGCGUGACAUCCCCUUCUCCGCCAUCUACUUUCCUGUUUAUGCCCACACUAAGGAAAAAUUGGCAGAUGAGGACGGAAGGCUCGGGGCGUUUCAGCUGCUCACUGCUGGAGCUAUUGCAGGCGUGCCGGCGGCUUCGCUGGUGACCCCCGCGGAUGUCAUCAAGACCAGGCUGCAGGUGGCGGCCCGGGCAGGCCAGACGACAUACAGCGGAGUCAUCGACUGCUUCGGGAAGAUCCUCAAGGAGGAAGGUUUCCGGGCAUUUUGGAAGGGAGCAGGAGCUCGCGUCCUCAGAUCUUCACCGCAGUUCGGUGUGACCCUGGUGACCUACGAACUGUUGCAGCGAUGGUUGUACGUGGACUUCGGAGGACAUCGUCCCGCCGGCUCGGAGCCCGCUUCCAAACCGAGGGUCGAGGACCGUCCCUCUGUGACUCCUGACCAUGUGGGCGGCUACCAUCUGGCCGCCGCAACCUUUGCUGGCGUGGAGAGAAAGUUUGGUCUGCACCUGCCCAAGUUCAAACCUUCUGGAGAGGCGACAACCAAGCCGGUGGAGACCAAAAUGGAGGCACAGGCUCCAUAGAGUAAUGCUCCUGCUGUCUUCAUGUCUCCAAGAUGGUUUUAUUUUGAUACACUCAAUUUAAGGGAGUUGUCUUACUUUGAAUGCAGCAUGAGUGUGGAUUUAUUGCGUAGCUUGCACAACUUUAUUGUACAUAUUGUACUCCUCUACAGAGGGACAUUAUGGCAUGGCGAAGGAUUGUAACUGCACUUCCUGGUGUGAAAUAGCUUUGCUGUGCAUGUGUCGAGUUAAAGUAAGAGACACAAGAAUGUACAUAUGUUUUCAAAAGUGUUUAUUUUGAAAUCAUGACCAGAAACUCAGAAAAUAAUUUAAAUGUAUUUAUUGUAUUUUAUUGAAAUAAAUCAUUCAAACUGUG